AUGCCACGCGACUCGCAGCUAUUACCAGACCACAGCCAGAUAUUACUACGAGCUGCACGAGCUGGGAGGCUCUACAAACUGCCAACCCCACCAGAUGAAGAGGAGAAGGAGAAGGGUGAAGAAGAGGAGGAGACAACAACUACUAAGGAACCUCAAACCGGCUACACUACCAAGAAAUGGUCCCAGGUCCCCCGCCACAUGGAAGAACCGGAGCCGGAGUACCUUGCUAAGAGAAGGAAAGGCCUGCCAUCGGCAUUUUCGAGGCAGAGCACGAACGGCCAUUCCGUGCCCAGCGGGCCGAUGAGAGAAACCAAAGUCAAGAAGACUGACGCUGAUGGGAGUGUUCAUGUUUACAAAGUUCUGGUGCCUGAAGGGCAAACAGUGGAGGGAGAGGUCGCUGAAGAAGAUGCGGAAAUGAAGGAGGCGGCUCCAGAAGAGGCUCUUCCCGGAACUGUGGUUGAGGGCGUUGGUAUCGUCAACGCUGAAGGUGUCGUGGUAGCAAAUCAGCCAACUCCCCCGAGGCGCAGGCCGCCCCCGCCUCGCAGAAAGCCUAAGAAGGGACCUGGCAGGGGUCGGAAGAAGGUCAUGUUCACUCCCGGCGAGGGUGGCAACGGUGCAACAACUGGAGCCGAUGGCAGCGCACAGGGCGGGGACCCGAAUAUUAAAAGCGAGGGUACCCCUGCUCCAGGUGACACGCCGAUGGCCGAGGGUGGAGACGACGAUGAGGAAGGCUCCGAGGGCUCCGAGGGUGAUGAGGAGGACGAUGAGAACCGCGAAGGGUCACCGACUCCCGGCGUGAAUACGCCGCUACCCAAGACGGAAGAAUCGGCCACUCCGGCUCCUGCACCAGGCCCCACUGAGUCAGCUUCUACAUCUGUCCCGCCUGAAGGAGCGCAGGCGCCAAUUGCUACGACUGAGGCCCUUCCCACUGCGCCCGAACAGGUUAUUCCCAAGAAACGACGCGCCAGCUCCGAUGACCGGGAUGCGUCAAGCUCACCGGAUCUCCCGCUCGCAGGAGCACCCGGCAGCAACAGCCGUCAGAACUCGGAACAACGCAAGACCAAAACGCCUACCCCUCCGGCGAAGAAAUCGGCCACUCCACCCCAAACGACGGAGACUAAGAUAGAACCUGAACAAGUGGAUCAGCCGAUUUCAGCGCCAGAGGCCCCAUCAGAACAAAAGCCCGAACAACCUCAAGAACCCCCGAAAGAGAAAACACCUGAACAGAAGGGAGAAGCUCCAGCGGAGCCCCCUACACAGCCGGCAGAGCCGCGGCCCGCCGAGCAGCAACCAGAGCCCGAGGCUAUGGAUAUCGAUGCAAUGGUUGCGCUACCCGAGACGGGGCCGCUGGGGGCAGCCGAUGGUCAAGCAGUUGAGAGUGAGUUGGAUAUUUUUGGGAGCCUGGAGCAACAAUUGGAGAAUGAAGGAAACAACUGA